ACACAACAAGAUAUAAUGAUCAAAAGCGAAAUCUCACAAAACAACAUGGGACCAGAACCGCGACAUAUCCCACGUUGGCUGCUUGUUGCUUGGGUAGAUAAGAAGAUCACACAGAGGGCGUGCUCUGCACGACAUGGAAAAGACUGAUCAUGUGUCUAGAAAAUCCAAUCCGAGACGCCUAACCGGAAUUAAGGGGUGCAGGUACACUCAGCGAGCCAUUCAAAUCAAGUGAAAAAGAGGCGAGGAAAUGCCGCAAACCACACAAGAAGCAUCCAAGAAUCGCUUGGUCUACAUGAGAGGAGUCUUCCUGGACCACACAGGAUACCAAGUCGAGAACGCAAAACUUCUUGUUGUCUGUUAGUACAUGAACGAUCAUGAAUGAGAGAAGAUGCCCAAGAUUUUCUUGAUAACUCUCUCUCUCUCUCUAACGCACAUUCAUUCACGAGCUGUGGAUGAUGAACUAGUUUUAACUUUUUUUUUUGUGUGUGUCUGUGACUGUCAGUCCAGCGUUUAACGAAAGACAAAAUGUGGAGGCUCAGACUCUUGCUGAUUCUUGCGGCGCAAGCAGCUCUAACUGCUGUCUUUGGAGCUGAUACGUACAGCCGACACGACUUCCCGCCCGGGUUCGUGUUUGGUUCGGGCACAUCGGCUUACCAGGUUGAAGGGGCAGCAAAUGAAGAUGGAAGGACGCCCAGUGUCUGGGACACAUUCGCCCACGCAGGUUUUGCAAAUGGAGCAACCGGAGAUGUAGCUUGCGACGGGUAUCACAAAUACAAGGAAGAUGUUCAGCUCAUGGUGGAGACAGGCCUUGAUGCCUACAGGUUCUCAAUUUCAUGGUCAAGACUCAUCCCACAUGGCCGAGGACCUGUGAAUCCAAAGGGUUUGCGGUAUUACAAUAACCUCAUUGACGAACUUACUAAAAACGGUAUCCAACCGCAUGUCACUUUAUACCAUUUCGACUUGCCACAGGAACUUGAGGACGAGUAUGGAGGCUGGGUUAGUAAUAAAAUCGUAGAAGAAUUCACGGCCUAUGCAGAUGUAUGCUUCAGGGAGUUUGGCGACCGUGUUCGGUAUUGGUCUACUGUGAACGAGCCAAACAUUUUUUCCAUCGGAGGAUAUGACCAAGGGAUUGUGCCGCCUAAACGGUGCUCUCCUCCGUUCGGGUUCAACUGCACCAAAGGCAACUCCUCGUCCGAGCCAUAUCUCGUCGUUCAUAACAUCUUGUUAGCGCAUGCAUCGGUUGCAAAACUUUAUAGAGAGAAAUAUAAGGUGAGGCAGCAGGGUUUUAUAGGUCUCAGCGUCUAUGCUUUUGGGAUUUAUCCGCUCACGAACUCAACAGAGGACCUUAGUGCCGCGCAGCGCGCCAAUGAUUUCUUCAUUGGCUGGUUGAUGCAUCCUCUGAUAUAUGGAGAUUACCCAAGAGUGAUGAAGCAAAACGUGGGGUCUAGACUCCCUGCCUUCACUCCUCUCGAGUCGAAACAAGUGAAGGGUUCGACUGACUUUCUGGGACUGAUAUAUUACACCUCCAUUACCAUCGAAGAUGAGUCCAGCAGCCUGGAGGAAGAACCCAGAGACUUCAACCGAGACAUGGCCGUGCGACUUAUCACUGGUGGAAACCCAUCGCAGUAUUUCGAGAUGCCGAUCAUGCCGGAGGGUCUUCAGCAAGCGCUCGAGUACUUCAAGCAAGUCUACGGCAACCCUCCUCUCCUCAUAUACGAAAAUGGGCAGCGGACUCCGCGGAAUACAACUAUGCAAGACACGGAACGGAUUAGCUACAUUCACGCGCAUAUCGGAGCGGUGCUCGACUCCCUGAGGAACGGGUCGAACACGAUAGGCUACUUCACCUGGUCCUUCCUAGAUGUGCUCGAGGUGUUGGACGGCUACGAGUCGAGUUUCGGCCACUACUUCGUCGAUCUGGACGACCUGGAUUUGAAGCGAUACCCGAAGCUGUCUGCGGGUUGGUAUGCCCAGUUCUUGAAGGGGAAAAGGGUCGGUCCGGAACCCGGUACACUCAUCGGAAUCGGGAGCAACCCAUCUAUUGCCGACAGCAAGUGAAAGCAAAAGCUAGUCAGUAGUCGCAGCUCAGGGAGCUUGAUGUUAUUCCGAUGCCCGCAUUCCGGACACAAGACUUGUGAUCAAUGUUAUGUUUGGUUGAACUUCUUCUCGCCUUAGUCAGAUCGGUGAUGUAUGGAUAUGUAUCAAUAAUCGACAUAUUUGAAGCAAAA